AUGGAGUCGGUUACGGAGAUGACUGGAGAAGACGUGGAGAGAGGAUUCACGCACGGAACGUCGAAGAGACGUGAUGGUGAUCAAAGGGAGUCACCAAGCAACAAAAGAGGAUGCUUACCUCGAGAAAAAAAAUGGAGCAAGUCGGUUGAAGAGUUAGCCGAAGAAGACAUGGAGAGAGAUCCAUACUGCUUACCUAAGAGAAGAGGAGGCAGCAGACGGUUAGAGUUAACCGGAGACGUGAAGAGAUUCACGUUAUAA